AAUCAUUGUUGGGAGUUAUUUUUUCAAUACUUCAGUGUUGACUAAGAGAGGGGACAUCGAUCAUUUAUGAAAAUCUUGUUAGGGGGCAUUCUACGAAGAAAAUGGAGAGAAGAAAAGACGACAUGGAGAAAAUGAACGACAAAUCCGAGCCGUUGCUGCUGCCGGAGAAUGGAUCAGACGUCUCAGAAGAAGCGUCGUGGAUGGUUUAUCUAAGCACAAUCAUUGCCGUUUGCGGUUCCUACGAGUUUGGAACAUGCGUGGGAUAUUCUGCUCCAACCCAGUUUGGGAUUAUGGAAGAGCUUAAUUUAUCAUAUUCCAAGUUUUCAGUUUUUGGAUCGACACUGAAUGUGGGAGCAGUGCUCGGCGCCAUUACAUCAGGAAAGAUCUCUGAUUUCAUCGGUCGGAAAGGGGCCAUGAGGUUGUCUUCAGUGAUCUCUGCCAUCGGCUGGCUGAUAAUUUACUUCGCCAAGGGUGACGUACCUUUGGAUUUCGGAAGAUUUCUGACGGGUUAUGGUUGCGGCACCCUUUCCUUUGUGGUACCGGUAUUCAUCGCUGAAAUUAGUCCGAGAAAAUUGAGAGGCGCCUUAGCGACGCUUAACCAGCUCUUUAUCGUAAUCGGAUUAGCUUCUAUGUUCCUCAUAGGCGCCGUCGUAAAUUGGAGAACUCUUGCACUAACCGGAGUUGCACCGUGCGUGGUUCUGUUCUUUGGGACUUGGUUCAUCCCUGAAUCACCCAGAUGGCUGGAAAUGGUUGGCCGCCACCACGAUUUUGAAAUUGCGUUGCAAAAGCUGAGGGGUCCUCACGCCAAUAUCACGAGAGAAGCCGAGGAAAUUCAGGAGUACUUAGCGACUCUUGCUCACCUCCCAAAAGCCACGCUGUGGGACCUUAUUGACAAAAAGAAUAUUCGAUUUGUAAUUGUUGGAGUUGGUUUGAUGUUUUUCCAACAAUUCGUUGGAAUAAAUGGUGUUAUCUUCUACGCACAACAAAUAUUCGUAUCAGCAGGAGCAUCCCCAACUCUUGGAAGCAUUCUAUACUCGAUCGAACAAGUAAUUCUUACAGCACUCGGCGCAACAUUGCUAAUUGAUCGUCUUGGAAGAAGGCCACUUCUUAUGGCUUCAGCUGUUGGGAUGCUGAUUGGAUGUUUGCUCAUUGGAAAUUCAUUUCUUUUGAAGGCUCAUGGUUUAGCACUUGACAUCAUUCCGGCCCUAGCAGUUAGUGGUGUCUUGGUCUACAUUGGUUCGUUCUCUAUUGGAAUGGGUGCAAUCCCAUGGGUUAUAAUGUCUGAGAUAUUUCCAAUAAAUAUGAAAGGAACUGCCGGAGGACUUGUCACUGUAGUAAAUUGGCUAAGUUCAUGGCUUGUCUCAUUCACUUUCAACUUUCUCAUGAUUUGGAGCCCUCAUGGUACAUUUUAUGUGUAUGGUGGCGUAUGUAUAUUGGCUAUUAUCUUCAUAGCAAAACUUGUUCCUGAAACUAAAGGCAGAACCUUGGAAGAGAUUCAAGCAAUGAUGAUGUAAUUCUAUAAUUAUAUAAUACAUGUUAAUUUUUUUC